AUGGAGUCCGCAACGCGGAGGCUUGAAACAAAGCAACAAACGCUAGAGGAUGCGUACUCGCCGCCUGCAAACUUUCUUGAAAUUGAUGUUUGCAAUCCGCAGGUUCAUGGAGAUGCGAAAUCACGAUACGUUGAUUAUGAGGUGAAGCUAAAGACCAAUCUUCCUGUGUUUCGCUUGUCCGAGUCAAGCGUUCGUCGGCGGUAUCGAGAUUUUGACUGGUUGCGAAGUGAAUUAGAUCGCGAAAGUAAGAUUAUUGUUCCCAAGCUCCCCGGUAAGGCGUGGAAAAGGCAAAUUCCAUUUCGCGCUGACGAUGGACUUUUUGACAGUGAUUUUAUUGAGGCAAGGAGAAAGGGAUUGGAGGAGUUCAUUAAUAAGGUUGCAGGACAUCCAUUGGUGCAAAGCGAAAAGUGCCUUCAUAUGUUUCUUCAGAGCGAUGUGAUCGAUAGAAAUUACAAGGCAGGUAAAAUAAACCAACCAUAG